GUGUAUUCUUAGGUUUAUGAUUGAAGAGUCUUUAAACAGUUUAAACUUCACCACGCAUUGGUCGUGUUAACUAGUGAGUGCAUUUUCACAACUAUGGAAAUUCUUACUUCGUGUGUUCGUUGGAUAUCAUUUGGCUUCUUUUAAGUCUAACUAAGAGUGUGAUUUGUUGUGUUUACUGUGUGUUGACAGUUGGUUAGAAACUUACCAGGUGAAAUUUUGUCGAAGAAAUAAUUUCAGUACUCGUGUGUUCUUCUAAGCAUGUGUGUUUAAUUAUCAUAACUUACUAAAAAUGAAGUUAGAAAACGGAAGCAUUAAUAUUGAGGAUUCGAAACCUUCAGAUGGAACAAAAUAUCGCACUCGCAUGAAGAAGGUAGCCCCACCCCCUCCGCCCCCCGUGGGGAAGGCCCCGCCGCCACCCCUUUCCAACGGCAACGUGCAGCAAGGGCGGCGGACCAGCAGCAGCGGCGAUUCCAAACCGCCCUUGCCUACGACGACGCCCGGGGAAGAUUGCGCCUUCGACGAGCUUCUCGAAGGACGGAUGGACCUCGAAGUGGUGCUGCCCGACCUCAAGGUGGUCCGCAUGAACGUUGACCGGAGGACUCCUAUGAUGGAUUUUCUGGUUCAAGCGACUACUUCCAACAAAAUAUCUCCUAGUGGUCAUAUAAUCAAUGUCAUUUCCAAAGAUGAACGCAAUGUUAGUUACAAGCCCAAUACUCCUAUUGGCUCUUUGGAUGCCAGUACAGUAUAUAUAAUCCCAAAGUCCACCCUUGAGUUACCAGUUAAGAGAAUGCCAAAACUUGCCAACCAACCUUUUGAGCAGCAAACAUUCAGGUUGCAGGUGAAUUUACCUCUUAAUCAGCGAAUGGUUCUCCGAGUUAGCCCACGCAUUACUCUUGCUGAAUUAAAAAGUCAGAUUUGUGCAGAGAAAGAAUUGGAUCACAGUAGUCACCACCUCGUGCAUCCUGCCCAACCAGACACCAUUCUAGAUUUAAAUGCUACUCUUGAAGUUUAUGGAUGUGCUGAAAUUAGUUUGAUGUCAAACUCAGGUCUCAGAGAUAGUAUUCGAAACACUUCAACUAACAUAUUUCCUGCUCCAAAAAUUGAAGAAGAAAGGAGGAAGAAAAGCAUACUUCGUAUAUUUUCUAGGAAAAGAAAAGAUGUUACAGUUGAAGUGACUAAUGAUCAAGUUCCCAAUCGCAUUCCUACUUCACAUAGUGAAAAUUCAUUAGUAAAUAGAAAUGGUUAUCAGCCUAAACAAAGUUUGAAAAGGAAACCAGCUCCUGCUCCCCCUCCUUCACUGGCGCGGAGUUCUUCUCCACCUCUUAUCACGCAGAGCUCAAAUUCCAUUAACUCUAGACCCGAGUCCGAAAUUUCCAUCAAAACCGCCGAUGAAAUUGAAAGUACGGUUUCUCACUCCAGGCACAGCUCUGAUUCAAGUGGUUACCAUGAACCUUCUGUUUUUAGUGACUGUUCUGAGAACAAAUCUCCAGAAGCUUCCAUUGUGCAUGGUGAUAGUGUCUCGGUGAAUGAUGCAAUUCGACAAAACAGCCCUUUACACAAAGACUAUUCCGAUAGUAGUGCUACGUUGAAGCGAUCCUCCAUGACAGCUAAAGAUACCAACUUGAAGAAUGUGCCAUCUUGCUCUACUGUCUCGAUAAGCAGUGGCUCUCGUAAAAGGAAGGCUCCUCAACCACCCAUCUCAACUUUGCCUGCAAUCGAAUCGCCUUCUUCACCAAAUCCUCCUUCGCUCGACCAGGAGCAUGUACAUUUUCCCGAAAAUGAAACCACAGCCUGUACUAUUGAAAAUGGUACUGAUACCUCAAGCCUACAGAGUAGUCAGGACAGUGCUGGAAAAACUGAAGAAACCAGGACAGCCAGCAUUUCAGGAAGUGAUGCUGUUGCCAGAGAUUCAGUGCAGCAAGAGUCGGAAGCGAUACGGUACUUAGAAGAUGUGCUGCAAGAAUCUGAAAACUGUACAAAAAGUUUUUCGAACCAGAGAAUUAUGGAUGACAGUGACACAGAUUCCUUGAAAGAUGAAGGAGAAGUGAUAUCUGUGUGCCAGGCAGAAGUCCAUGCUAAUGCUAAUGAUCAAGACUCUUCCGAUAGCAUUGUAGAGCCUCCUACUGUAGUCACUCCUGACCCUGUUAUGCUGCCUAAAUCCAGCUUUGCUCCACUAUCCAUUCCCCAAUCCCAACCUGAAGGAUAUGAAGCUGUAGAUGCUUCUGCCGAUGAUAGUGGAAUCUCGCACUCCCUUAAUAGUGAUGCCGAUUCCUCUGUCCCCUCCAUGAAUUCUGAUCUGAAGACUAUGUCCGAUUCUGGAUGCCAUGAAGAAAUUUAUUGCAAUGUCUCAGGUGGGGUCAUCUCUUCCUCUUAUUCUUCUCCUGUGAUAUCCUCACCAAGAACUGGAGUUGAAAAACAAACCCAUGUACCUAUUCCUUUACCAAGAAUGUCUCUUAAGCGAAAAGUUCUAACAUCUAUGGAGUCUCUAAAUUCCAGCAUUUAUCCGUCUUGUGAUUCUUUAGAUGUAAAAUCAGUGCCUUCUGAUGAAUUUUCUGUACAAGGAUCAACAUUGGAGAGUGAAAAGACAGAUGGAAAUUCUGCAAAAGACAGCACAAUGGAAAGGUGUUCAGAUGAUCAAAACACAGAUGAAAAUCGAGUUGCAACCCUCUGUGUUGCUAAUGAAAAGCAGGUCAGUGAAAACAUCAACAGGGUAGAAAAGGAAGAAUUAGAAAUUUCUUCUGAGGUAACUGUCGCGGAAAAUGUGACAGAAGAAAAAAUUGUUACAAAAUCUGUGGAUGAAUCUAUUAUUUCUAAGGUAGAGGGCUCUAUAACUGAACAAAAUAAGGAGAUUGAAACCAAGUGUGAUAACAGUGAUAAAAACAGCAUCUCAAGUUCCCUCUCAACUGAGAGUGCACACAACAGUGCUUCCCAUACUCCACAGAUCCAGAAAAAAUUGAAUAAUUUUGCUAUGGGAUGUUACCGAAAAGAUGAGAACAUAGACAUUUAUAGUAUACCAUCUCCUGAACAAAAAGCCACCAGUGGUAUCAGUAAUAAUCAGAGUCCACUUAAGGAUAUUCAGGCUCCUGUAAGAAAGAAUAGGCAUCAACCUGAUGUAAAAAUAUUAUCAUUCAAAGAUCGAAAUCAAAAGGAAAUUGUUUCUGAGAGUGGCCGUAGCAUUGUUUCAGAGAAACGUGCGCAGCUAAGUAGUAUGAAUACAUUACCUUUAACUGGCAGGUCAACAUCAUUAGUCAAUCUUACACCUCAAAAGGCGCUUCAAAAAGCACCUUCAGAAAUGGAAAAGAUGGAGGAAGAAGUUGUUAAUGGGAACAUGAAAAGAACUCAUUCAGAUCAAAAUGUUGUUAAAGAAUUAGAACCUGUGCAAUUGAAAGAAACAUUUCUCCAAGAGCAGAGACGUCUUCAGGAAGAAUAUCGUAGACUGCAGGAACAGUUUAUAUCUUGGCAGAAACAGUUGUUAAGCAAUCAGAGUUUGUUACAGAAUGAGAAAAUUGUACCACAGAUGCCUUUUCCUUCUUUGGAAGGUUUAAGUAAUUUAGAUAGCAAUCUGAAUAUUAUUUCUGAAAGUCAGAUUAGUCAAAAUAGUGAAACAAAUCUCAGUUCUACUGACUUGAGAACAAGAUCAUUACCUAGACCUAAAACAAAACCAUUAUCCGUAAAGGAGAUGAAUCGACCUAAAACUCCACCUCUUGCACAACCUCCUGUUGAAACAGCUGUUGUAGACAUAGAUAUAAAUGCACAGAAACCUGUUAAAAGGCCAGAAACCUUAAAUGCUUGUUCUGUUGAUACACAAGCAAGUUGUAAUCAAGAAGAUAAAGUGGUUCAGGUGCCACCUCCCCAAGAUAAAGUGACACAAGUACCAUCUCCCCAAGAAAAGGUUACUUCUGGAACACAGGCGCCAUCUCCUGAAAAUGUUCUAAAUAAGGAUACUUCUGCACAAACUAGUGAUAAUCUUCAGGUAUCCUCAACAGACGUAAGUAGUAAUUCACUUUCUUCGCCAGAAAGUGACAACAGCAAAUCUCAAACGCUCCCUAGACCUAAACCGAAGCCUCUUAGUGCCUUGCCACCUUCACAGACUAUGACACUGAAUCGCAACACGCGGCCCAAGUCGCAAAUAGUUUCUGUUACUAUUGGUUCUUGGCAACAACGGCAGAAAGAAAUAUCAGACGUAGAGCCUUCCAGUAGUGUUGCUUCCACAAGAUCAAAAUUUUUAAGCUUAGAAAAUAUUCCUCAAAAUACUAACAAGCCUGGUUUAAGUACAAUGGAAAAAAGGAAGCUUCCACCAGUUCCUACUGAAGUUGAUAGUACCCCAAAAGAAGUGCCCAAAACUGUGCCUAAGUCUGUGGAAGCAAAAGUUGUUGUAGCUGCUCCAAAAACUGAGCCUACAAAUGUAAAAACUAAGUUUAUUUCAGAUGAGAAACCUGUUUUGGAUGCCAAGCCUGAGCAGAUACAUAAAAAGCCUUCUAAAAUUGCUAGUAAUGACACCAAAGUUUUAAAAACUGUUCCUAAGCAGGUAGAGGAAACGAAUGUGAAGCAAAGUUCAGAUAUCAGACUCGCUUCUAGGGAACCAACUGCUACAUUUAAAUCUGCCAAACCCUUUGUGAAAUUAACAAGCAUGAAAGAUGAACCUCACCCUCCAUCUAUUGUUGGUUUGAAAAAGUGGCCUUUGUCUGAUAUGAGUGAGAGUCGUGGAGCCACAGAAGGUAAACAGUCUAUAUUAGAGGACCUGAAGGCAAGUUCGAAAAGACCUGGGGGCUAUGUGCAAGACAAGAUACGUCGUGCUGAGGUCGAUCUCAGGAAACCUAAGUCAACAAAAACGGAGCCUUCCUCCACAUCUAAACCUUCUAAGCAGGAAAAUACUGAAGCUUCAAAGUUGCAUAUCACUAAAGUUAAUGUUAAUGCAAAACCUGCUGUUGAUAUUAAUGCCACAAUCCCAAAAGAAGCUAAUAUUGCAUCUGGUCCUGGAGUAACUACCACCAACAGCAACACAUAUAAAAGUAAUACUAUUCCAAAGUCACAGUCACUAAAUUCAGAAUUGAUGUCUGUGUUUUCUAAAAAGGCUGCUAAGAACAGUGAAAAGUUGCAACAGAAUACUGCUCAAACUGUAACUGUCAAUGGUUCUGGACAGUCUGUUCCUCCUCCCCCACCUCCACCCCCUCCUGCACCCCAAGCAUCCAGUUCAGUGAUGCCAACCAUACCACCUGCAGAGCAGAUUCCAGUUUCCAGUCAGCUUGUGAUGGCUAGGGAGACAAAGACUUUGCCAGCAUCGAAAAAAGAAUCUAAGAAAAGUCCAUCAAAGCACUCCAAAACUGUAGAUCCAAGAGAAGAGCUUAUGCUAGAAAUUAGGGGAUUUGGUGGAAAGCAAGCCUUACGAAAGCUUUGUGAAAAGUCUUGUUUGUCAUUACUUAAAAAGUCUCCUAAGAAGAAGACGUCUGGAGAAUCGAGCAGUUCGUCAAAGAAGCAAUGAUAUAUCAUUGUUUCUUUCAAAUUGUUGGGAAAAUCAUGCUCCAGUAUCCCAAGCCGGUUGGCACUUGAAGGUUUUUGGAACAGCUUCUACUGCAAACACUUAGACCUUCUCGAGUGAUUUCGUUGUGAUGUCUCUUGCCUAUGAUCAACUGAUAGUCAUUGGUUGCUUACAGAACUCAAGUGAUUUGUAUAUAAUAUUAUGUAGAGAGAGUUUUAUCAUCCACUUCGGUGAUAGAGCUUUUUUUUGUGCCAGUACUGAGAAUUAAAAGCUAAAAAAAAAGGGGGGGAUUUUUCUACCCAGCAGAGUAAUCUGUUAGUGCCUGUUUAAGUGCCACAUGUUAAGCUCAAUAUCAACCACCAAAGACACUUUACAGAAAAUAUUUGAGAUGAAAAAAAAAUGGUGUAAACUAUAGAGAGUAUAUAUAUUAUAUAUAUUAAAGCUUUAUUUUUCUUGUGUGGGAACGAUACCUACUUAAUGAGAGUUUUCAGUUUUUAAAAUAAAUGUAUCCAGCAGAUUGUGAAUCAGAAUUCUCAAAAUACAUAUCUGCUAUUCAUGUUGGAAUUUUAAAGUGAAAAGAUUCUCAUAAAGUCAUUUUGAAAAAAAAAAAAAAAGAAAAGAUAAUUUUAGCCACUGCAGUGCCUCUUUAUUAUAUGAAAAAACGUUGAAAUUGUGUAUAUAUAUAAUGUUGUACAAAUGUGUAAAUUAAAUUAAAUUAUGUUUUUUGAGAUGGUGAUCGAAAUGUGAGAAAGUGCAUUGAAAUCAAAGAAGUUUGUAUUAAUUUCCAUACUGUUUUAUUUAAUUAAGUAUCAAAUGUGUACAUAAUAAAUAUCUAUAUACAUACAUAUAUAUAUAUAUAUAUAUUAACGAUAGUCGUAUAAUUUUUUGAAGUGUUUUCUGCAAAUAUGCCAUAUGGGAUAUGGUUAUUUUUUUCUUCUGUAGCCACUCUUCGUUUGGAAAAAGAAUACUUUUGUACAAUUUGUGACAACAAGUUCUGUUUGAUGUUAGAAUUACAUUAUUGAAAUUUUAUAGCAAAAUAGUGCUUUUAUUUUUAAAGUUUUUGUGUUUGAAUCUAAAAUAAAGAUUUAUGCUGUUUUGAAAA